AUGUUUGGUCCCUAUGGUGCUCAUACUCACGUUCAAUAUAUGGCGCAUGUCGCUCGUCUGCUCGAUGAGCUACGCAAUCUGUGCCACGAGACCGACAUCAGUCCUGCAACGGUGCCGCCAUCGAAAUGGUGUCGGAUCAGCAUGAUUGCGUAUCAGUGCCGCGGAUCAGGGGCACUGAGGUUGUACUUGAAGGAGAAUCUGUGCCUGAAGGCUAAGGUUGGCGUUCUCGACACGCACAUCGACGACAUCAUCGAGCGUAUUGGUAAACUAGCUCGAUUCUUCCGGGCUAGGAAAACCAUUGCCACGUUCAUGGCCUGGCUGGCUAGCGAGGAGAUCAGUUUGACGGUCCGGGGAGUGCCGGCCCACAAAAUCGCAGUGGAAGAGCUGAAGGACCGAACGGUGGCGGAUAUAUUGGCACGCGGUGGUACCAAACCUCGGCCAUAUCCUAAAACACAAAUCCGAAAUAUGAUUCAGCGAUGGCCUCGAUACCGAGUGCUCGCGGAGGUACAACUGUUGAUCUUUUACGAGGAACAUUUCCACCUGGAAACGGUUGGCCCUUACAUUGGUGGGGAUAAGCUAUGUUGUUACCUCUGUCAUGAAUUCCUAAUCCGCCAUGGUUGA